AUGGCAGUCGAAAAGAAACUGCAAACACCUCUAUCCGAAGGGAUUCUAGAGAACGUAUGGGCAAACUUCAUAGGCGAAGAUCAUGAUCAUCAUGCAAAAGAGGAAAUACCACAGAAAACUUUUGAAGUUUCAGAAUCAUGGGAGGAGUUGCCGAAUCUUGAUCAUGGUAAAGAUGAAGAAAUCGGAUUUUUACAAAGACUACCGAGUUUAGGAAGAUGGAUAUCCAUGGGAGCAGAAGAAUGGGAAGAAAUUCUUGCUGGAAUUGUUAUUCCUUCUGAGAAUAUUGAAAAUCCACGUGAGAUUCUUGCAAAAGGUCGUGAUCAAACUGUGUUGGGUUCAGGAGCUGAUGACGUUGUGAAAACUGAGAAACGUUAUAGGGGAGUCAGGAGACGUCCAUGGGGGAAGUAUGCAGCUGAAAUUAGGGAUUCUUCAAAAAAAGGAGCUAGGGUUUGGCUUGGAACUUUCAAGACACCUGAAGAAGCUGCUUUGGCUUAUGAUAAAGCAGCAUUGAGAAUUAGAGGCCCCAAAGCACAUCUAAACUUUCCGAUUCAAGAAGUUGAAUAUAAAAUGAGAGCCACUGAUCAACCAGAAAGUGAAUCAAAUGAUCAUCCUUCGACAAGUUGUCAAAGGACUGAUUCGACAGACAUUCAAUGCUCACAAUACAAAGAUUACAACACAAAUAAAAGGGUGUUUAGGGAUUGGGAAGAAGUCCAAAAGGAGGUAGCCAUGAACGGACCACCUCCAUUGAAGAGAUUGGAAACCCAAGAAGAAUCUUAUUGGGAUGACAACAUUGAUGUACUUGAGUUUGAGGAUCUUGGUGUUAGUUAUUUAGAAAAUUUACUGUCAAAAGGUUCUUAG